AUGGAAGUCUUUCUCAGUGGUCUGCCCACUGAGCAGCUAACAUCUCAGAGUCUCGAAGAGCAGCUGAAGCCACUCAUUUUGAAACUCGGCAUUGACAAGCAUGAUUUCGUUUGCGAGAAGGCCGCCAGAAGCAAGUUUGCCAAUCUUACCUUCCGCCAUACUAAUCACGCCCAUCUCUUCCUCAAACAUUAUGGCGAAGUUCCUGAAUCAUAUACAAACAAGAUGCCCGGUCUACCGCAAGGGCAGAUGCGACCCUCACUGUUUGGUCGCGAUAGUGCUCCGAGAUCCACUGCCCGUUUGCGCCUGCUCGGUAAGCCUAUCUGGUGCAAGAAAAGCACUCGUGCCGUGAAUCCUAUUACUCUCCGUGGCAUGGAAGAGUCCCGUAGGAGACACCAAGAGAAAGAAAACAAAGCCUUAACUGGCCACAGAGAUCAAGACAAGCACGAGCAUGGUGUUGAUUUUGAUGUUAUGGACAUGGCUUGUGGUCAUUACGCCUUCGUCAGCCAGCAGCUGGCCUACUUUCCGGAGAGGGAGUGGGUCUGGAAUUGCAAAGCCAGCUUCACCAAAGUGAACCUGCAUGUGAGGAAAAACGAUGGCAGGAUCAGGAUGCGCAUUCCCUUGUCCACGAUCCGUGAGAUCGUCUGGUAUUCGCACAACGAUAGGCAGGGAACACUGACGCUUACGCUUGACUCUGUACCGUGGUUUCUUACAGAGGAGUGCACCGUCGAACAGUUGAUGGCUCGCAUAGGUGUUGGCUCCGGUAAGAUCAGGGAAGAUCAGCAGAAUCGCAUGAAAGCCAUUGAUGAGCAGCACGCCGAGAUCGUUGGGACGUGCCUCAUCUACCAUUUCAGCAUUUUCUCGCACAGCAUCAACCACAAUAUAAAGAUGCUCGAACGCAAGAACUUCACCAAUAUCACUCGUUACAAUCUUGCCAUCUGGAAGAAGCCACACCCAACUCUUGGCUCCUUCAAGGACAAAGCUUUGCAGCUGAGGCAAGAGCUCAAAGCAGCAACAUCUGCUUCUAUCAACAGCGGCAAAAGCCUGCCACACAGCCAUCUGUUUGUGCUCCAGGCUCUGUUCUACAACGGCUACUUGCACCCUGCUACGGUCCUCGAGAUUCUCCAUCGACUUUUUCGGCGCUACUAUGAAGACAAGCUAUCCGGGCGCACCUUUAUCGCCCCGGAAGCCGUCAAAAGUCUCAUGGACGCGGAAUGCAUUCCCUGGCCCAGCCCGUAUGAGAACCCGGAAUACUUCGAGGUCUCUUCCCUGAUGGAAUGGAUUUAUGGGAAGAAUGACGAGAUCCAGGGAGGCCUCGACCUAAGAACAGGCCAACUCCGGCAGAACAGCAACCUCACCCAUAUCUACCGAGUGGUUGUCACACCUACGAGAAUCACCCUUCAUGGGCCCGAGAUUGAGAACAAAAAUCGCGUCCUGCGAAAGUAUCCGAAGCACCAGGAUUUUUUUGUUCGGGUUCAGUUUUGCGACGAGAAUACGCAGGACAUACGCUUUAGCCCUAAGAUCUCGUAUGAUCGGGUUUACUUGAGAUUUCUUGAUGUACUCAAUCGUGGCAUUCAGAUCGCUGGACGCGUCUAUAACUUCCUUGGGUUUUCCCAUUCGUCGCUGCGAACACAUUCCGCAUGGUUCAGUGCGCCGUUCUUUGACCAAGGUAGUCAACACACUCAUACCUCUAUCAUCAAGAGUCUUGGUGAGUUCUCCUCUAUUCAGUCUCCAGCGAAAUGCGCAGCUAGAAUUGGACAGGCUUUCUCCGAGACCCCGUCAGUCGUCGACCUGCGGGAUCAUGAUGUGGAGGUCGUGACACACUUUCCAGAUAUCACGAGCCGCGACGGCUCGCGCGUUUUCAGUGAUGGCGUGGGCAAGAUCUCAGAGAGUAUGAUGCACAUCAUUUGGGAAAACAUCCCAACGAAGAAGAACGCACCAACCUGCUUCCAGGUCAGAUGGGGCGGCGCCAAAGGUAUGCUGGCUCUUGACAUGACUCUAAAAGGCACAAAGAUCUGCUUCCGAGAUAGCAUGACCAAGUUUGAAAGCGAGGACGUGCACCUGCUCGAGAUCUGCGACUCUGGAUCUAAGCCCAUUCCUCUGGUGCUGAACCGCCAGAUGAUCAAAAUCCUUGAAGAUAUGGGGACCAACCCUUCAUGGUUUAUGAGGCUACAGAGCUACCGCCUCCAGGAGAUUCGCUCCAUCGCGGCAAGUGCAUACAACACCUGGCACUUUCUCGAUGCUCAGAACGUUGGUCAGGCGAUCAAGCUUGGCAAGUUUAUCAAUUUUGCCGACAAGCAUGGCAUGGAUUAUCGAACCGAUGACUUCAUGCGAAGUGUAGUUGAGGCAGUUGUACUUUGCGAGCUGCGUCUGCUAAAGCAUAAAGCGCGUAUCCCUGUCAAAUAUGGAAAGACACUGUUCGGAAUAAUCGACGAGACUGGCUACCUGCGAGAAGGCGAAGUGGUCGUCUCCUUCGGCCCCUCCCAAGGCGGAGAAGAUCAGUCGACGCCACCUCGAGAUGGCCAGGUUGUCAUAGUCACUCGAUCUCCUGCGCUUCAUCCUGGAGACAUCCAGAUUGCCAAACAGGUGGUCCCACCUCCGAGCCACCCACUAUCGCAUCACAUCAACUGCAUCAUAUUCAGUCAGCAUGGACGGAGGGAUCUCCCCAGUCAGCUGAGCGGUGGCGAUCUGGACGGCGACAUAUAUAACGUUAUCUGGGAUGUGGAUGCAAUGCCGAAGCAAACAUUUGACCCAGCAGAUUAUCCUCGGGUUGAGGCUCUGGACAUUGGCAGAAGGGUGGAGACCGCUGAUAUGGCUCAAUUCUUCAUCGACUUCAUGAAAACGGAUCAUCUCGGCGUCAUUGCAACGCGCCACGUCAUUCUGGCAGAUCAGUUGGACGACGGAACUCUUUCCCAAGACUGCCGGAAACUGGCUGGACUUCAUUCCACUGCAGUUGACUUUUCCAAGAGUGGCAUACCCGUUGAGCUCAGAGAGUUACCGCGAGCAAACAAGUUCCGCCCAGACUUUUUAUCCCCUGGGCCGAUUGCCAAGUAUCAUGACAAAGGCAAAAUCACCCUUGAGGAGUAUAUCGUUUCUGGAGAAGGCGAAGAAGAGGAAGAGGGCGACGGUCCCCGCUACGAGUACUAUCGAUCGGAGAAAGUGCUGGGACGUCUCUAUCGUGAGAUUGACGAGGAGAAGAUCUGGGACGAGGACAUCCGCGUCACGGUUGACCACAAUAAGCCCUCAUUCUGGGAAACAUUCUUGGAUUGGGCAAUCAACGCUGCAGCGGCGGUUGGCGCUGUUUCCUGGCCUGUUCGUAUCGACUCGGCAAGCCGGCUCAAGAGUGCUUACGACGACCAUGUCAGGGGCCACAUGUCGAAAUACUCGGACCAUCCAGUCAACCCAAUCUCUGAGCGUGAGGUUUUCAUCGGGGCCAUUCUUAACAAGACCGGCGUACAGACACACCGACAACGAGACGCAUCUCACAAGUUGCGUGACGAGUUUGAGCGCACCGCCAACCACUUUGCCCACCAGAUGCGCAUGGGUGGUAACGAAGGGCCCGAUGCCGUUCCUUUGACUGGAUAUAUGGCCGAGCUGGGCCCAUCUGCAGCGCUGGACCUUUGUCUUGCCUGUGUAUGCGUCGCUUCGAAGCACGAUGUCCCGUUGGUUGCCUCGCGUCUUGGAACCUCCAAAAGCCCAAGCAGACGGGCAACUGGCAGAAGUGGCAUGAGGGACGGCGAGAAUAGCGAGCUGCAGAGCUUUCGCCUUGUAGCGGCAACGCAGUUCUUACGGGAACUGCGCGUAAAGGAGCGGGAGCUAGGUGUUGGUGAGGCUGGUGGUAAGGGAGGCGGCGGCUUCGUUGGCGUCUCUGCCUACGCGUAG